GCCCCUGCCCCUGCCCGGGCCGGGCCUCUGUGGCGUCUGCCUCUGCCCAGCGCGCCUUCCGCUCCCCCCAGGCACUCUCCCUAGCGGAGUUUGAAACAAAGCUGAUGCCCAGGCCCCAACCCGGACCAGUUAAGCUAGAAUCUUUGCAUUCAGAGCCCAGGCACUGAUAUUUUUUAAAAGCUUCUCAGACUCAUUUCCUGCCAAGACAGAGACACGGCUUUAGGUCUGGGCUGAAGCGUCAGCUGCCCCAAGAGGCCCUCCUUGAACACCUCCAGGAGGGAGCUGUUGUCUUGCCACUCAGCUCCGCUUCUUCCUUGGUUCCUUGGUAUAGUUAUCAUAAUUUGGAAUUAUUGCAUUUAUUUGAAUGUUUUUAUUUGUCUUCCCCCAGGCCCCUUGUAAGGACAGGGAAUGUGUCUGUUUUGGUCUUUGUGCUUUUCUUCGGUGCAGUGUCAGGCGCGUAAUAGAUUCUGAGUCCGAGUGCGUGGCCGCCUCUGCCCCAGCCCUGAGCACUGCGUCUGCUUGUUGACUUGAAUGGAGCUGGCUGGAUCCUUACCGCAGGAAUCAUCUUGGUUUCUUGGUUUUUCACUCUUCCUUUCCUGAGUUUUAUGGGGCGAUCUGCUGGAGGAAAACAGGGUGGAGGAGAGGGAGGAGAGAGGAGAAUGGGCAGAGGAUGGGAAAGGGCGUAAAUGAAACACGAACCCAGCCAUGCAGCAAAAGCCUUAUUCUGCCUCUUAUCUGGGGAAGUGCCAUAUUCUCAUGGAGAGAAAUGCACGUGCACACGCACACCCCUAAACCCACACAGAUGGAACCUCCUCCGCGGAGAAGCCAGAUACAGGAAACUGACUUGUGCACAGGAACUUGCUAAUCUCUUUUGUCACGUCCCAGUUGCACCUGCCUCUGCAGUCACCACGCACACGGAGCCAGGCCGUCUUGCGUUGGGUGCUCGGCCGGCCCAACUCUUACAUUUUUAGUUCAUCGGAUAUGAGUCAGUUAUAUCCAUGGGGAAGAAGGAGAGGUUGAUCCUGGAAGGAAAUCACCGCAGCGAAAAGGCUUGGGCCACUCUUGUUUUUUACCUGUGCUGAACAAACUUGACUUCCGGAGUCAGUAAUUUUGGUGCCAAGAAAUUUCUUCGGCAUUCUACAACUGAUAUUCUCCUAGAGAAUGCCCAUGCUUGUGAUUGACUACGACUGAGCUCAGCUAUGUGGGUGGUUUAAAUAUCAUCCAAGGUUUGAUGAAGUCAAUCUAAAGAUCCUCUAAGUUAUGUAAACAUGAAUUUUAAAAUUUUCUAGUUCAGAAAAGAAACAGAAUCAAAAUAUGGAGAUUUGGAUCUGGAAUUCCUAGAUUGUUUGUUUCACCUAUUGCCAAGGCUAAUGUCUAUCUUCUAAAAGUGGUAUAUGAUGUAUAAGUAUGUAUUUUUAAAUUAAAUUAAAUUUUGUUUUCUGAAGUGGUUUGAUUAGGAGACAUGCUAUGAGGUACCAGUGAGUAGCCUGAGUUGUAGCUAAAUGAAGUUUGUGAAACCACCAGGUUUAGGUGCUUUACUAUAAAGUAAAGCUGCCAUUGAAGUAUUUGAGCAAAUCACAAGUAGUUAAUAGUCACUUAUUGAUUCUAGGCUGGUGCUGUGGGGGAUAUAAGAGAAAUAUGAAGAAAUGUGUACUUUGGAGGACUUUAUAAUCUAGUAGUUGUGGUAAAAAGUAAAAUUUAGGAAGCCGUGCAAGAUGGGAAUUAUGUGAUGGACGGGUGGCAUGGGCUUUGAGAGUUAUAGAAGUUCCAGGAAGGGGUUGGGAGUGGACUGGAGUAGUCAGGAGAGAUGGGCUUUGGAAGGGUUUCAGACUGGGAGGACUAUGUAGGCGAAGACAUCAAGAUGAGGUUGAUUUGGAGGUGACGAGCCCAGUUGAAGAGAUGGCUGGAGAAGACAAGAAAGUGUAUUUUACACAUUGCAGGAAAUAAGAAAGGAAGGGGUGCGGGCAGAUUAGGGAGGACCUUGCCCUGCCAUGGAGGAGAAGACCCUCCAUUUGGUAGUUUCUAGUUGUCUUCCGCCCCUGGGCUCCUCCUUACCCACUCUCGCCGGCCUGCGUGAUUCCAUCUGGAUGGAAGCCUGGCGAGCUUUGCCUCCUCGUGCUUGGGCUGCUUUUUGCUUCCCUGCGUCCAUCUGUGGUCCUUUAUUUGCCCUCUACUGUCUUCCCUCAGUCCAUCAUUUAUGCAGAGGAAGGUCUGUGUGGCGUGCUGUGCCUGUAAGACUGCCACUUCUGGUUUCUACAUUUUUGCGAGGCCCUUCAAUCAUCUGGUAAUUAAAGUGGCCUUUGCCUUGGCAGAACAAAUUGGUUGAUGGUCUGUAAGCAGGACUCUAUUCCUCAAAAGCCAGUCCAAAAAUUCCAUGAGAUAUGUGUUGCUUGCUGUGCAUGUUUAAUUGGGUUGAUGUGGAUUUGCUGCUGCUCUUGUCCAGACAUUUUGUUAGUGAGUCAGGAGAUCAUAAUGAUUCAAAACAUUUUUUCUGGACCAUAAAAUAUCUGAAUUCAUAUAAUAACAAAUAUAUAGUCUGGUGAAUAAGAACCCAGACUUUGGAGCCAGGUUGCCUUGGGUUGAAUCCCGGUUGUAUCAUUCCUGGGCUGUCGGAACCUCAGACAAAUUACUUCUUCAAUGCUCAGAUUAAAAAAAAAAAUCUAUAAAAUAACUCUAAUGACAGUAUUAAUAACUGAAAAUACCUACGUCAGAGGGUUGUUGUAGAGAUAACAUGAGAUAAAAAUACGUAAAGCAUUUACCCUAGUGCUUGGCAUCAAACAAACUCUCAAUAGAUGCAGCUAUUAUGAUUCUUAUUAAGAACUUGGCUAUGGAUGCAAACAAAGAUGAUAUGAUUCCUGGCUUGGGAGCAAGAGAUCUGAAAACUAACGUUUUGAAUGUUAAUAUUUCUUUCAAGGAAAAUUGGGGAUGACAGAUGGAGGCUGGGAAUCAAAGGUUUUUGAGCACUGAGUAUAGACUAGGCACAGGGGUUGGGUGUUUUAUAGUGAUAAUGCAUAGGAAAAAGGAAAAAAGAUUAGAAACUGACUUUCCAGCCUUUCCGUACCAGUUUCUCAGGCUUAUAAGAGGACUCCUCUGAGGAUCUACUGCAGGGUCUGUGGGUGGCUGUGGUGGACACUUCUCUCUGAAUGCUUUGGGUGAAAACACAGAGGUGCUUGGAAGUAGAGACAGAGAGAAUGACCUCUCUUUCUUGGACAGUAAAAUUAUUUAAUUUUAUGAUGUUUUAAUUUUAGCAUUAGCAAGGCACAACUAAAAGUCCAUUUCUAUUCGGGAGUUGGGACCAUUUGACAAUGAGUGCUCUGAGUGCUUAUUUGGGUUCUUGAUGCUUGGAUCUGGAUGAAAGAAAGCCAAGAUUAAAAAGCAUCUUGCUUCCCCAUUUCACUUUCUAGAUUCUAGAGUCUUGAGAUUCUUUUGGAUUAGAAAUCUCCGUUUUAAAAAUGCAAAUACAGCUAGUAUGUUAAUUGUGUAGAGGAUUCUCAGUUAUGUGUGCAGAUUACUUUAGUCAAAUGUUUUCCUUCUAGAGCCCCGCUGAGACCGAAAGGAAGGAAGCCUUUCCAAACCAGUUUGGGGGCGUCAUGGAUGGCAAAGGAUGGGCGCUGGCCAGGGUGGGGUGCCCAGUUGAAGACUCAGCUUUGGAGGUUCUCAAAGUAGAUGCUGCCCGUCCCUUGGGUGGAUGGGGCGAGGUGACAUCCCGCAAGCUGCCGUCAGAGGUCCUGCGAACACAGAGCCGGCCGGCUCCCGGCCCCCUUGCUGGAUGGCGCUUGCCGCAGCCCGCUGAGGGCUCUCUUCGCUGCGGCUCUGCCCGUGAGCAGGACGCCGAGCUGGGAAGAUGCUGAGUUCCAUCAAGUGCGUGCUGGUGGGCGACUCCGCCGUGGGGAAAACCUCCCUGUUGGUGCGCUUCACCUCCGAGACCUUCCCCGAGGCCUACAAGCCCACGGUGUACGAGAACACGGGGGUGGAUGUCUUCAUGGACGGCGUCCAGAUCAGCCUGGGCCUCUGGGACACGGCCGGCAACGAUGCCUUCAGGAGCAUCCGGCCCCUGUCCUACCAGCAGGCAGACGUGGUGCUGAUGUGCUACUCUGUGGCCAACCAGAGCUCCUUCCUGAACUUGAAGAACAAGUGGAUUGGUGAGAUCAGGAGCAACUUGCCCUGCACCCCUGUGCUGGUGGUGGCCACCCAGACUGACCAGCGGGAGAUGGGGCCCCACAGGGCCACCUGCGUCAGUGCCAUCGAUGGGAAGAGACUGGCCCAGGAUGUGAGAGCCAAGGGCUACUUGGAGUGCUCAGCGCUCAGCAACCGGGGCGUCCAGCAGGUGUUCGAGUGUGCGGUCCGCACUGCCGUCAACCAGGCCCGGAGACGCAACAGACGGAGGCUCUUCCCCGUCAAUGAGUGUUUCAGGCAUUUCCUUGGAAUUGGGGAGUGACAAGGGAGAAGAGAGCCUGGUUCUUUCGUUUCAAGGGUUCUUACCCAAUGUGAGAUGUGAUGGAAGGCUUCCAACUUCGUGCAUCUGUAGGGUUAGGGUAUGGCAGUGGGGACAGGGCAUCUGUGGGCGCCUUUCCUAACUCUGAGAAGGCAGUCCUUACAGGCUAAGAUUGGCACAACUCAAUGGUAGGGACCUAUUUUUCCUGAGACUGUAUCUCUCCUGAUAAAGCAAAGAUAAAGCCUAAUCAAUGGCCAAUAUCUCAAGCAGUUUUUCACAGGAAAAAGACUAAACUAUGAAAGUUACUUGUGGUAUAAGUUAAUAAAGCAUAUUUGAUUAAACCUGAAGUCCACAUUAACUUUUUGGUAGACUCUAAAAUCCUGACCUGGAACUUAAUACUUAAUGGUAGAGAGAAAGCCAUAAUGAAUGAGUAGGGGGCCAGAUAAUUGUGAUGUAUUUCGGGGUCAGAAAAUCUGCAUUAUGUAUUUCUCAGCCUCAGUUUCCUUUUCUUAAAAUAGGAAUACUAAUUCCUGGGAUACUGUAUAAGUCUUGGUAAAAUAAUGAUCGUGGAAGCGCUUUAUAUCUGUAAACUAUUGUUUGAAUGGUGGUGUUAUUUUGGUUUUGGUAGAUCCCUUUGCAGAUACAUAAGCUAAAUAGUCCAGAUCAGAUUAGAAUAUUCUAGAACUUGUCAGCAUACGAUGGGAAACCCACACAGAAGCACGCUCCAUUUCUAACAUUGUUAGAAAUGUCAUUGUUAAUGACAGCAAGAGGAGUAAAAUGACACACACGGAUAACGGAUAAGGAUAAGAAACAGCAACACGCUGCGGCGGAAGGCCUCCUGGUUCCGGCCCUGCUGGGCCUGGGCCACGUCCCCGUUAGUGCUCGCGACUCGCUCACCAGGGAGAUACUCUCUUUCCAUCCAUAGUGGCUUUUCAAGAGUUCCCAGUUUUACCAUGUAAUUUUGGAAUAAACUUGACCAGCUAAAAAUUAUGUCAUCGAUUAUAUUUAGUGCUCAUUU